AUGUACUCCAUGAUGACCGUAAUGCAAUUAAAGGAUGAGUUAAGAAAACCUAAAGCUUCUGUUGUAGGUAAAAAGGCUUGUCUAAUCGAAAGAUUAGAAGCUUAUGAUCGAAACGCCAAUUUUGGUGUGGAUGAUGACAAGGAAGACGAAACAUAUACUGCUCCGGCUGCUGAACAUUACCGCGAUAUUAAUGCAAGCUCGUGUCUGCCUCAAUUGACUAAACAACAUAUUCCAGCAUUUGUGGAAAGAUUUCAAGCACAAAUGAAAGCAGGCAAAUGUACGAGUCGCGAUUUUUAU